GACAGGGGGGUUGCUGGCUGGGUGAUGACACAAAUUUUAUGAUGGUUGUCGCUAUAUGGGAGAGUUAGGUGGAAGGAGGGAGAAACAUGCUAAAUGUGAGACCAAAAGCUAAGGGAUGCCCAAAAAGUUUCAGGGGGAAAACACCAAGUCUGCUGCUGCCCGUGCCAGAAAGGCAGAGGCAAAGGCUGAAGCUGAUGCAAAACGUCAGCAGGCUCUUGAGGAUGCAUAUUGGCAAGACGAUGACAAACAUGUUGCGCGCAAGGAACAGAGGAAGGAUGAAAGGGAAAAACGUCGCCUGGAAAUGUUAGAAAGGAAAAAGGAAAGCCAGCGUUUGCUAGAUGAAGAAGAUGCCAGGUUGAAGAGUAAACAGGCAAAAUCUAUACCUCCUUCAAAAGUGACCAGGGCUCAGAUAGAAGAAACUCUGAAGAAAGAGGAAUCCGACAAAGGAACUGUUGAAAAACCCAAGACUCACCUAGACAUGCCAUUAGAAGAAAAUAUAAACCGUCGUGUACUGGAAGAAGGGGAAGUGGAAGCACGUUCUGUAGAAGAUGCUAUUGCUGCAUUAAGUGUUGGCAAGGAGCUUGACCGCCACCCAGAGCGUCGUAUGAAAGCUGCCUUUACAGCAUAUGAGGAAGAAAACUUGCCACGCCUUAAACAGGAAAAUCCUAAUAUGAGGUUAUCCCAGCUCAAACAACUUUUGAAGAAGGAAUGGAUGAAGUCGCCUGAGAAUCCUAUGAACCAGCGGCAUGCCUCCUACAAUGCUUAAUGAACAGUCCUGACUCAGAGCUGUAAUGCCUCGGCUUGUUUUCAACAUUUUCCUUGAGGGGACAGUAGCUGGACAAACCUCUCUGAGCAGUCAGAGUAAAUGUACGGCUUGUAUGAUGCAAAUUUGUCCCGGGGAAAUCUUUAGUGUGUGCUGGGGAAUGGGGAAGGAUAUCCAGAAUACCAUAACACACUCUAGGAAAUCAAAGUUAAAAGAGUGCGUGCCAAACGGUGGACUGAUAAAGAAAGCUGAAAACAAUAGGAAAUUGAGUUGUUAAAAUAGCUUUUGACAUUUUUUGUUCACAAUGUUAUUUUAUUUAAUGGCAGGCAGCCAUUGACAUCAAAGGAGUAAAAGGAACCAGAGUUAUCAUGAAAAAAUCAAAAUAAAGAGGAAAGCCUUGUAUCCGUUUUAUUUAAUGUCUUCUAAACAUAUCCCAAAGUAGAAAUCCUUAUUUAACAGUAUAGCCAUCUUGUGCAAUAGUUGAUUAGUAGUAUUCUUUUAAACAAACUGUCAGGUUAUUCCACUUUUUUCCCAAUUUAGGAGCAAUGGAAUUGUGACUAGAGCUUCUUUUUCUCUGUUGGCAAUGAAAAGUAAGUGGUUAGUACAUGGCAUGGAAUCAUCUGUUUAUAUAAUGACUGCACAGUGAAUUUUAUUCAUCUGGAGAAUUUCGCCCUCUUUACUUUACUUUACUUGUGGUCAGAUAUGGAGGAUAAGGCUCUUUCACACAAUUUAUUGUUUCAGCAUUACCCUAAAAUAAACAUGUACAGCAUUGUGA